AUGUUUAAAUGUAUUCGUUGUAACGUUGAGUUUAGAGAUGGAGCGCAAUGCUCUGUUUGUCAGGAACGAUUUGACUUUCCUUGUGCUGGAAUAACUGAGGGCGGAUACCGGAAGCUGGGAGAUCGUCGCAAUUCAUGGAAGUGUCCAUCCUGCAAGAGUACAGGAGCUCCUAGUCCACAUUUCCUACCCGGUAAGAAGGCACCAGGUUUGUCCCCCACGUCCGCUGACAUGGACAGCAUGGCUAUGGACAUAAAGAACCUGACCUCACAAUUGGCUUCGCUGCCGACGUUGAUGGCAAGUGUGAAAGCUAUACAAUUAGAUAUAGAAGAAUUGAAGUCACUGAAAGCGGACUUAACCGAUAUCAAGCUCCUAAGGCCUGAGUUAUCCGAAGUGAAAUCCUCCCUUGAUUUUAUACAUAGCUCCGUGGAGUCGCUGACCAGUAGAAUAUCUGAGAUAAGCCUCGAAGUACAAGGAUUGCUGAAAACCAAGGAUGAUCUUAAUCAGCUACAACAAAGAUUUGACAGCCUCGACAUUAAGAUAAAGGAAAUGGAGCAAAGGUCUCGACUAAAUAAUAUAGAAAUAAAGGGUGUUCCAAUGACUGCUUCGGAAAACCUGUUUGAAGUCUUGGAAAAGCUCGGCAAUUAUAUCGGCUUCAGCAUACCGAAAGAGCAGGUUAAUCACAUAGCUAGAAUACCUAUGCGAAACAAUGAGCACAACAAAACCAUCAUUGUAGCUCUGCACACCAGGAAUUUGAAGGAGGACUUUGUUGCUGCUGCAAAAAAAUCUACCAUAAGUUCGGCGGACCUGGGUUUUACAGCUAAUCAAAGAAUAUUUGUCAAUGACCACCUGACGCUGGAGAACAAGUUGCUAUUGAAUAAGACAAAAAACUUAGGAAGGGAGAAGGGGUUCGCCUAUAUUUGGGUAAAAGGAUGCAAAAUAUUUGCUCGAAAAAGCCCUACCUCCCACGCUAUUAUAAUAAAGUCAGAAUCAGACUUGAAAAAGAAAAUUGUUUAA